AUGGCGACACCGUGCCCCAAGAGCUGCCACUGCUCGGAGAGGAACGGUGUGGUGGUGCAGUGCGUCUCCCGGAGCCUUGACCAGAUCCCCCCGGACCUACCGGAAGACACCGUCACCCUCCUGCUCUCGUCCAACCGGAUCAGCCACAUCCCCAACCAGGCCUUCAAGGACCUCCGCCGCCUCAAGGAACUGGACCUGUCGCAUAACCACAUCGAGAGUAUCGACGCAGGGGCCUUCCUGGGGGUCUCCGAGGGACUUCGCUCCCUGGACCUCUCCAACAACCAGCUCCGCAGCGUCCCCAAGGAGACCUUCACCAAGCUGAGUGCCCGUAUAAGACUCUCCAACAACCCCUGGCACUGCGAGUGUUCCCUCCAGGAGGUACUGAGGGAGCUGAGGCUGGACCCUGAGACGGUCAACGAGGUGAGCUGCCACACCUCUGUCCAGGACGAGUACGCCGGCCGGCCCGUCAUUCAGGUCCUGGACUCUGGCAUCAACUUCUGUAACUUCCACCACAAGACCACCGACGUGGCCAUGUUCGUGACCAUGUUCUGCUGGUUCGCCAUGGUGAUCACCUACGUCAUCUACUACGUCAGGCACAACCAGGAGGACGCGAGGAGACACAUGGAGUACCUCAAGUCUCUACCAAGCUCCUCCCAGAUCAGCAAGGACUUUGACACAGCCAGCACUGUGCUCUAG